CCUUUUCUUUCGCCUUCAGUUAACCCUAAAAUCAAUUCUCAACCAUCCGCAGCCGAAGCUGGUAGUGGUUAACAAUGGCGAAAUCUUUAAGAUCCAAAAGAGAGAAGAGAUUAAGAAGUAUUAGAAGGGAAAUAACAGAACCUUUUCAUGAAAAGAAAGACGUUGCAAAAUAUGCUGCUACACAAGCUGCCAUGAAUGCUCCUAAACUACCUGUACGUCCUUAUACCAAGCAUGAUAAAAAUCCUAUGGAAAUCACUACCGAUACCACCAUCACCAAUUCCAGCAUGGAUGUGGAAAUGGGUGAUGCUGGAAACAAGUCUUUGAAGGUUAUUGGAAAGAAGAUGAAAAAGAAAUUCAAGAUAGGCAGGGGUAAAAAACAAGGACAGGGUAAGGUCAGGAGAAAGCACAACAUCUAGUAGCUUUAGUUGUUUUGUCAUCUGCUAUGGAUAGGGUUUAUGAUAGCUUCUGUAUUUUCAUGCUUAAUGAGUUUUGACAGGGUAGUUUUAUCAAUGUCAGUCAACUGCUCUUGUAUACUUUGUUAUUGGCUAUGGAUAUGAAUACUUCAUCUAUAGCAGUUUUUAAUUUGUUCACGGAUUUAUUUAUUUA